AUGGUUCUUGCUCAAAAGGAGAUUGAUUUUCUCGGAAUGCAUUUUGUCCAAGGUGCAUAUAGUCCAGGACCACAUAUAUGCCAAGAACUACUCAAAUUUCCAGAUACCAGCCUCACAACAAAGCAGAUCCAACAGUUCUUGCGUGUAGUAAAUUAUGUAAGAGAUUUAAUCCCAAAUGUCUCUAUAUACAUUUCUCCACUCACAGAGAUGCUGAAGAAAAAUGCUCCAUCGUGGGGAAAGAAACAAGAUGAAGCAACCAGAGAAAUAAAGGAGAUAUCUAAAAAUGUCAAGUCCCUCUACAUCCCUUCAGAAGGCAAGAAGAUACUGCAAAUUGAUGCCAGCAAUGAAUAUUGGAAUGCCGUUCUAUUUGAAGAAAAAGAUGGCCAGAGGAAAAUAUAA